CGGCAGCCCAACAAUUGACGAGCGUGGGGCGACGCAUACACGCGCACGCUUCAGCUAACACCGACGAAAGGCGCCACCGCUCGACGCUGCGAGGGGGCAGCCAUGUCCGACGAGGAGUCCGCCGCCCCGGAGGAAUCGGUGGGAGACGCCUCCGAGGCGCCCGAGGAGGAGGCAGCGCCGAGAUUGGGAUUGGCGUUCACGGACCUCACGAUAGAAGCGAUGGAGGCCCUCGCCGACGCGCCGGACGUCAAAAGUAAAUUGCAAAUACUGUGCGAACUAACGGAAGUGAACCACUAUCAGGACAACACGUGGAGUGGCGUCUUCGUCGACUACUUGUACUAUGGCCUGGCCUUCGCUGCGGAACGGAGUUUUAGUGACGAGCAGACCUCGGCGCUGUCUUCUAUUCUGAAAAACGUCUUCGAGCACGCGUUUCCCGUGGAACCUGACAGCGACUCGACACCACUCGAAGAAAAUCACGCCUUCUUCAAGGACCAGAUGCUGACGCAUUCCGUUGAUGAUGCGGAGGCGGGUUGUAUUCAGCUGUACAGUGUCGAGGACGUAACACAAGUCUCAAACUUCCUCUCCACAACUUUUUAUAGACACUACAACUCCUACAAGUACGCCUAUACCACAACGCAGCCCGAGGAGACCGUCCACCAUUCUCUGAUCGUCGAGACGCCCCUGCCGCCCCCACCAUUAUGCGAAGGCCAAUUGUUCGGCGAAGCCGUACCGGAGCCGUGCGUGGAAGCACCAGCUCCCGCGCCGGCGCCCUACUACGAGGAGGACCACGUCGAGUAUUAUGGAGAAGAUCCCGAGUACCUCGACAGCUAUAAAGCCUAUGUCCGCGGGAGGAGGCUGGAUGCGGAGCGGCAGGAGGAUCCUUCGUUAACAAAAGCGCGGGAGGACGCCAUGGCCAUGCUCGCCCAAUUGAAGGCCGACGAGGAGGCUGGUUUAGUGGAACCGACGGAGUGGACGGUCGUCGAGCCCGACGAGCCGCGGCCCGACUGGGUGCCGCCGGCGACGCCGCCGGACGUGCGGGAAAAACUCGCCGCGCGCGAGGCCGGGCCCGGCUGGGUGCCGCCAUCCACUCCUCCCGAGGCGGCGACGGCGGCGGCCGAGUAACGACCCUGGGAAAG